UCUUAGAGCCGGUUCGUUCGUGACCGACCCAUCACUACUCUGCAGGAGAGCCGAGCGGCUCCGCAGAGAUCCAGAUGGACACUACAUGCAUUUAAAUAUUUACACUUAUUAUCGAUGUAAACACUCGGUCGAGACGGAAAUAUGAGUUAAAUAUCCGCGGCUGGAACACGCAUGGAGCGCUAACUCUGCCGCUCGGUGAUAAGCUGGCUGUCUGUGGCUGUCAGUGAAAGGAGAAGGAUGCCCAUUCCUCCCCCUCCUCCUCCUCCCCCAGGAGGCCCCCCUCCUCCCCCCACCUUCAGCCAGGCAAACACUACGCCUCCAAAACUGAACCGAGAGGAGGCAAAAGGUCGCGGCGCCCUGCUCUCCGACAUCUGCAAAGGCACCAAGCUGAGGAAGGUGGCGGUGGUGAACGACCGCAGCGCGCCGCUGCUCGAGAGUAAGAGCCAAACACAGGCAGCAGCACCAGAGCACCCAUACAUUCGCUUAUACCAGUACCUAAACCAGCAGCAAAAACAGGCCAAACAGCAGCCACCGCCGCCGGCAGAGGAGCAGAAGAAGCCGGCCAGCGAUAGGAGCGCUGCCGUGUCGCUAGACAAGUCCAAAGGAGGUGCGUCUGGAACGGGCGGAGCCAAUGGCAGUGGAGCAGGAAGCCCGUCGGGGUCUGUUCCGCCAAUCGGAGGGCUGUUCCAGGGCGGCGUUCCCAAACUGCGGCCAGUGGGAGAUGGUUCCGCCGGACGGUCGCCUUCCACGCGAGCCGCCGCGCCGCGCCCGCCCAGCCAUCGCCACGACGAUGCGGAGAGCCCCUCCUCGCAGGCCUCGUCGCCGACGGAGGCGGCUCGCUCGCAGCGUCCCUCGCUGCCCAACCUGGCCUCUUCGCCUUGUGGCUCCUCCCCCUCCUCCACCGCCUCCUCGCCCUCCACCGGCAUGAAGCACUCCUCCUCUGCCCCCCCUCCUCCUCCUCCUCUCUGUCGCCGUGGCAACGCCCCCUCCCCUCCCUCUUCCUCUUCCUACAACAGAGAGAAACCCCUGCCGCCGACCCCGAACAACACCCCGCCCCUCCCGGCCAAGCCGCCCCCAUCGCCCGGCAACAGCAGGCGACCUCCAACGUCAGGGGGGAACCCCACCUCCUCUUCCUCCUCUUUGGCCCCGCCCCCUCCUCCCUACCGCGUCACCAACGGUCCCUCCAGCCCCGCCGGAGCAGAGGUGGCGCCUGAGUUGCCGCAGCGACACAACUCCCUCAGCAACAAGAGGCCCGCCCCCUCGCCAGGAGGCCACACCCCCACCAGAGGCCCUGCCCCUCCUCCCCCUCCCCCUCCCGCUUCCCCAACCCCGUCCCAGCAGGGAGUCAGCAGGCCGCCGCCUCCCGUCAGAGAGGCACCGGGGAGAGGAGCAGCUCCUCCAGUCCCAGGCCAGGCGGCGACGAGGGCCGGCGGCAGAGAAGCCCCUCCUCCCCCUCCCUACAGGACGCACGGUAGCCCCUCCCUCUCCUCCGACCCCCCCGCCCGGGGGAAACCCCCUCCCCCGCCCUCCCGCACCCCCGCUGGGCCUCCCCCGCCCCCUCCUCCUCUCCGCAAUGGACACUCCUCCUCUGUCCCUCGCUCCUUUGUUGAUGAUUUUGAGUCCAAGUAUUCUUUCCAUCCUCUGGACGACUUUCCUCCUCCAGACGAGUACAGGUACUUCACCAAGAUCUACCCCAGCAAGGCCAACAGAGUGAUGCGGGGAGCCCCGCCCCUGCCUCCGGUUGGCAGGUGAAGCCCAAACAAUCAUACCAGGACAUCACAGCUGGACCAGGCUCACACACACACACACACACACACAUACAUACAUACACACAUUUACACAAGCACUUCUGGACACACAGGCACUUAUACACACACACACACACACACACAUGCAUUUGCACUUAAUGACACAGAUCCACACACACAGCACAGAUCCCAGUUCAUUAGGUGACAUCGUACCUUCAGCGUCCAGCCUCGUCAUCCUCAGCUCGUUCCAUCUUCGUUCCAUCGACUCUCGCUCUCCGUCGCCCGCGCGUCAGUCCGGUCAUGUGACCGAGAGCCAGGAGAGCCGGUCCAGCGUGGCCGCCGCCCUCCUCCUCAUCUGCUCCCUCCCUCAGGAACCGCAAGAACGAGAGGAGGGACAGGCAGGGAGGAACCCGCCGGCGACUUCCCAAGAAAAAACGUGACUUUUUUUUUUUUUUUUUUUUUUUUUUCAAAGUUGAGUUGGCUUCAAGGGAUGGAAUUUAACUGAUGAGAGCAGCGAGUUCAAAUGUGAUUUGACACAUGAAGAUUUUGAGAAGCGAUAUAUAUAAAUAAAUCAGAUGGGGCCCGGCCACCUGCUCCGGAAACAUGAAACACUGUUUGACUUCACUGACAGCUUCUUCCUCAUCUCGCCAGCAUGACUUUACAUUUGCUUGCUUGUUUUUGCACUCGCACUUUCCUGCAAAACCAACAAGCAGUUCCACAUGUGGAGCCCCGCGGAUCCUGAAGGAUAAUCUGAGAGGUAACAGGGGGCUGCAGCUCUUCUUCAGGCUCUGGGUGGAGCGAUGGAAACGAGGAGCUGACCUGUGAUCUGUGAUGACUGAUGAUGACAGCAGGAGGAUCGAUGGACGGCGGCGAAAAGCCAUUUUCCUCCAAGUUUGUCACUUCCUCUCCGCGGCAGAGACACUGUUCAGGUAACCGGAGGAUCGCAGGUUCGAUAACCCAUAACAGCCAACGUGUUCAUCAGUGUCAAAGUGUCCUUGUGCAAGGCAUAUCGAAACGCCAACCUGCUCCUGGCUGCCUCUGUGCUCUGGAGUGAAGGAAGCAGUUUGCUGGGAGCCGUGUGUGAUGUUGCUGUUCCUGCCUCCUAAAAAAAAAAAAAAAAAAAAACAAAACGCCGCUCUCUCACCUUCGACUCCCUGUUUGCUUUUUCAGAAGCGUCUGUGUUCGCAGACGUUUACUUACUCACUCACACCACAAGCAGUCUUGCAGUGAUGCACCCCUUUCGAUUUGAAGCUUCCUAUUCUCUUUUUAUCCAAUUUGGCAUCAACAUUGCAUCGUUUGAUGCCUUAACUUUAGCUAAUUAGGACGCAUUAAUCAAAAAUACACUUUUUUUAAAAAAAUUGGAUGACCUCAAGAGUUUACUGUCGACCCCACGAUGGAUGCGGCUGUUCUCCGAGCAUCACUUCUGAGACGUCAACUCCUGAUAUCUUAAAAGGAAAAACUGGAGAACUUGCCAUCCAGUUUCAUGAAACUCAAUCACAUCUGCAGGGAGAUAAAGAAGCAUGCAUACCAAUGUGAUUCGCUUCUGACGGCGCUUUACGGCGUUGCUCUCGGUAUGAACAGAGAGUUAGACACUACAGAACCUGAAACAUGUCAUCCCUCUGUCACACACGUAAACGGCAUGCGAUAAGGGACAUUCAUGUUUGGCAGUUAUUGGGAAGGCAACACUAGUCAUGAACUAUUUUGACUUUUGAGGGUUUUCCUCUCACACUGACAGGAAACAAGACCAGGAUCACUGGUUUGGCUGGACCCCUGGACUGGACCCAGCUCAGUAUCGGGGCUCGAUGGUUCCUGGACUGGAUCUGUGUUCCUGCACUGGACUGAAAUCUCUUCUCGGAGGAAAGAAGUAGAUUUUUUUUCUGUGAUACUCACUGUGGAUUUGAGUUCGCUUGCCUUGCCCUGAGUUUGGGGAUCAGUACUUAAAAUAAUAUGACAGAUUUACAAUGAGCACACACACACACACACACGAUGAUGGGACGUUGCAGGACAGGACACCAUCUCUCGCUCUCUCACUGAACAAUGCAAUAACACAAAACAUUGAAAAACCUUCCCCACUUCACCUGUAAAGAAAACUUCCUGUCACCACAAUGGAGGAUCAAGUUCCACACCGAGAGCAUUGACGCUGCUGUUGCUAUGGUGACACCCAUUGUGACCAUAGCAACAUGUGGACAGCUGUCAAGGGGGGUUGACGGCUAUCUGGGCGCCCUGUGACUUUAGCGACACAACUCUUGUAGUCGUCAAGAAAGGGGUCACAGUUUGAUUUUUCGGUGAGUUUGGAUGUGACGUGACCCGGGUUAAUCUCCCCUCCGCCUCCCCCCCGACUGACAGAAACUUCUUUCAAGGAGGUGAACCGAACUCCGCAAGUGCCAAGACGGGCAGGACUGAACUGGGCAAGCCACCCACUGAAGAGCCUCACCCGGCGCCCGGCGCCUGGUGCCGGAAGGGCGGGGACGGAUGGCGGCGAGACAGUCGCAGGUCAACGAUCAAGUCUUCCGUCUGUGUGCUGAUGUGUCUGUGGCUGGGAAACCUGCAGCAAAGAGACAUUCUCUCCUCCCUCCAUCCUUCCUUCCUUCCCUCCUCCCUCCCUCCCUUCCUUUCCUCUCGUUUUCCCUGUGGAAAAAAAAAAAAAAACUGAACUCGUUGCAUGUCGUCUUUCUUUGAUCCGUC